CAGACUGAGAAACGUCUGCGCAUGCGCAGUUCGAGCAGGAAGAAGAAACCGUUUUUGCUUUUUCCAUCAGCAGCUAAAAAAAGAGAUAUCUCCAAUAAAUUACAUUCGCGUGGAUCUAAAAUGUAUAUCACAUGGAUACAGGAGAACUACAUGGAUAUCAUUUCCGGUUUUGCUUCCAACCGAAGAAGAUUCAAAAAAGAUUUUGAAAUGGCUUCCUUUUCAUGAACCGUUUUGUCCGAAGCAGCUUGCAGCUAUGAGACCAGAAAAAAGCAGCAACGAUGAAGGGGAUGUGGCUCAGAUCCAGGAGAUGUGCCUCAUCUUCCUGAGGGAAUGUCCCAGCGGCGCCCUGCAUCUACACGAGUUCAAGAAGAUCUUCGGCGUUCAGAGCAGCUCGCCGGAGGACUCCCUCUUCCUGGAGACGAUCUUCCGCUCCUUCGACACAAACCAGGACAACACGCUGGACUUCAUAGAGUACGUCGCCGCCCUUAACUUGAUUUUAAGAGGAAAUCUGGAAGAUCGUCUCAAAUGGUCCUUCAAGAUGUACGACCGGGAUGGGAACGGAAAGCUGGACCGGAACGAGGUGAAGCGGCUCAUAAAGAUUCUUCAUAAAAUCAAACUUCAGAAGAGCGAGGUUGGACUGACUCCGUCCCAGAUCUGUGACCGGAUCUUUGAGCUCGUUGACGACAACAACGAUGGUGAGAUAACCCUGACUGAGUUCAUGGAGGGGGCCAGAAAGGACCAGUGGAUCAUGGACCUCCUCAAUCUGGACGUCAACACCUCCGGCUGGGUGAUCCAGAACUACAGAAAGCUCCCAUGAUGCCUUGCAGCGAGAGCAGCGUCUUCAUGUUCAACGUCUGAGGCUGAAGAACUGUUCCUUUGGUUUAAAAUGAUUCGCCCUGCGGUUCUGAACCCCUUUGAGUUUGGAGCUGGACCUCUUAAUGUGGCAAAGGUUCUGUUGGGCCGGUCCAACAGACGGCGAGGGAUUUCUGUCAUCAGAUACAAACAAAUUAACUGCUAAAUAUCCUCAUUUAUCAGAUUUCAUUCUCAAUAGUUCUGCUCUGUUUGGAUAUUUACUGUUAUUUUUAGAUCGUCAUGGUGAUUCACUGAAGUCAUGAAUAUUUUAAAGAGUCAUUUUAACUCUGUUUAAAUUUCUCGGUGGUUAAAACUGAAACGUUUUUAAACGUGUUGCAUCCUAGAAGCUGCAAAUGUGCAGGAGCUGUUUGAUCCUGAUGUGAAGGAGGGCGCCGUGAUCCCAAACACAUCUGGAUGAAGAACACUAAAAACCUCAAAACCUCACAAAUAAAGUAUUCAUGAACAGAAAACUUCUUCAUCUUAACUCUGACAUCUUCACUCUUUCUUUACUCAUUAAGAAGAACAAACUUAGUAGACUGAAAAAAAUGAUUUAUUGCACAAAUUAGCAUGUUUACACAGACAUUUGCAAAGCUUUGGAUCCAUUAUUAUUAUAACACGAUAAUCAUGGGUGAAGUAAAGUAAUUUCAACACAAUCUGGUAAAAUUCAAUGUCAUCAAUUGAAAUCAAAUCUUUCGAUCACAUGAUUGAGUGAGAUGGGUUUCUGAACUUGCAGUUUGGCUGAAAAAUAAAUAAAAAUGAAUAAAAAACAAACAA